AUGUCCUUAGAAAAGAAGAUCAUAAACUUCCUCAAGGGCCCGAAGAAAGGCGAGGCCUACGAGCUCAAAGCAGGACUUGUGUCCCAGUACAAACAUGAGCGGAAAGACGCCAUCCAGAGGGUCAUUCAGGCCAUGACAAUAGGCAAAGACGUUUCGGCGCUCUUUCCCGACGUUCUCAAGAACAUCGCCACGUACGAUUUGGAGCAGAAGAAGUUGGUGUACUUGUACUUGAUGAACUAUGCGAAAUCGAACCCGGAAUUGUGUAUUUUGGCCGUCAACACGUUCGUUCAAGAUACCGAAGAUCCCAAUCCGUUGGUGAGGGCCUUGGCGAUCCGUACCAUGGGCUGUAUUCGCGUGGAGCGGAUGGUGGACUACAUGGAGAUUCCGUUGCGCCGUACAUUGGAGGAUGACAACCCCUAUGUGCGGAAGACGGCGGCUAUCUGUGUGGCCAAGUUGUUCGACUUGAAUGCUGAAAUGUGCAUUGAGCUUGGCUUCUUUGACGCUUUGAAGAAGCUCUUACAGGAUCUGAACCCAAUGGUGGUGGCCAAUGCCCUCAACGCGUUGCACGAGAUCAAAGACAUGAACCAUGACCAGAACUUGAAGGUCUUGACUGUAGACGCAGACCUCGUCAAGCUUUUGCUUGCUUGCUUGAACGAAUGUUCCGAAUGGGGGCGUAUCACCAUCUUGUCUUACUUGGCCGAGUAUCCCUCGCCUGACCCUGAAGAAACAUUGCACCUCAUUGAGCGUGUAAUCCCCCAGUUGCAGCACGUCAACCCCUCGGUCGUGUUGUCGUCCAUCAAAGUGGUUGUCCACCAUCUUGACGGAUUGGCGAACCAGGCACAGAAAACCUCGUUUUUGAAGAAACUAUCCGCCCCAAUGGUCUCCUUGGUCUCUCUGCCUAUACCCGAGGCGCAAUAUGUGGGGCUUAAGAACAUCAGAAUUAUCUUAGAGAAAUAUCCAAGCUGUCUAUCCAAGGAGCUCCGAGUCUUUUUCAUCAAGUACUCAGACCCACUCUAUCUCAAGCUUGAGAAAUUGGACAUUCUCAUUCGUUUGGCUUCUGACUCCAACAGCGCCUUGCUUCUAAGCGAAUUGAAGGAAUAUGCCAUGGAAUUCGAACCUACACUCAUCACAAAGGCCGUUCAUGCCAUCGGAGCUGUAGCCAUUAAGCUUUCUGACUCCGUUAUUCCCGCCGUUAACUUGCUUGUCACUUUGAUGGACCAGAGAGGCGGAGAAUUCAUCAUUAAUGAGUCCUCUGUCAUCUUGACCCAGAUUUUGAGAAGAUACCCAGGCAGAAACGAUCUCAUUACACUCAUCGUUCCUGUCAUCAGCCACCAUGUCGAGCAGCUCACAAGCAACCCUGCUCUUUCUGGAUACGUCUUUUUGCUUGGUGAAUACCCUAAAUACUUCACUAGUUUGAGAGAAAAGCUACAACUUUUGACUGACGAAUUUCUUGAGUAUGAUGCCUCCUUGCAACUCAGCAUCAUCACAGCUGUGGUCAAGGUAUGUGCCAAGGUCAACAAGACUGGCUACUCCCUGUUGCUACAGGCAGUGCUCGACAAAGCAACCAAGGAGUGUGAUAAUGCUGAUGUGAGAGAUAAGGCCUUUUUAUACUGGAGAUUCUUGUCUUCGUCGUCACAAGAUGAACAAGAUAGACUCCUCAAUGCCCAACUCCCACCCAUCAAAACAAUCAUUCCAUCCUUCAACCCGGCUGUAUUGGAGGACUUAAUCAACGAGUUAUCAACAUUAUCAUCAGUAUACCACAAGCCAGCAUCGACAUUCAUUGUAUCUGAUGAACACAAAUCUAAAGAGAAGAAGUCGCGCAGAUCGUCCAACAAGUCCGACAUCAGUGACUUGGCCAACAUCGCCAAGCAGGAGAUCAUCAACAAUGCCAAGAACGAAAACUUACUUGACUUUGACGAUGACGAGCCCCUGCCUCUUACCAGCAGUGGUCCAACUUCUGCCAUGGACGAACUCGACGACCUUUUUUCAAUUCCAACCACUCCACAGCCCAAAACAGGAGCUUCAAAACAGGACAUCAUGGAUCUAUUUGGUUCGUCCAGCAGCUCAGCACCAAGCUCUAUGCCUCAAGCUAAGCCAACCGCUAAGAUCAAUAGCGAUCUUCUAGACUUGAUUUAG